AUGUUAUAUGAUAGUAAAAGUUCCAAGAUUUUCUCACCUCCAAAGAUAUUCUCUGAAUUAGAUAAGAAGAGGAAUGAUGCCAUGGAUACUGUUUAACAUCAACAUGGCGAAGUGUAAAAUUAUAUUGAUCAAGUGAAUGAUAAAACUUUGAUAGCAAUUUAAAUGGAAGAAUAAAGACUAAAUCAAAGAUAUUUUCAUUUGCUUAAUUAACUUGAAAAAACUAAGUUGCAAAUCAUCAAAUUAGAAGAAAAAUUGAGAUAGCAAAACGAUCUUGAAAAUCAUCCCCAGAUUAAAUAAAUCAUUAGUGAAUUAUCGAAGGUAGAUCAAUAUCGAUUAGCAUUAAUCAAAAAAACUUAACAAUUAACACAAGAAUUGCAAUUAAACCAAUUUACUAUCAAAGAACUAAAAGAACAAGUUUAAAAUAGACGUCUCGAAAUCAGAGAUUGCGUAAGGGAUUGUUGGCAAAUCUAAUAGUAAAUUCUGAACUAUAAGUCUAAUUACACUUAAUCUACAUCUAGAACGCAAAGAAUUCAAUUACAAAGUCUCGAUAUCAGUAGUAAUCGAAGCAAUAUCAAUCUAUUUAUAACUAAUGAAGAUACACAGACUAACCGGUUGAGUUUAUCAUAAUUACCUCCAAUUAAGCUAAAAAUGCACUCUAAAAGUAGAUUAUUAGAGGUUCUUCAGAAGGCUACUUUUAGGGGAUAACAAUAACCUGUUAAUGACAUUGUAGAAAUAUAUAAAUAAAUAAAUAUUUUGAGGAGAAGAGUUAUUGAACAAACGCAAGAGAUGAAAAAGAAAUAGAAUUAAUACAGUUCUAUAAGAAAUUUACUUGUUUAUUGUGCGAAUCUUUCUUUAAAAUAGUUCAAAAAUAAAUAGAAAAUUACAAACAACAAAGGAUAUGCAAAUUCAAUUUAUUUUGAUUUUAGCACUUCAAUGAGUCAAUCAAUUACUGAGCACUCAAGUAAUCCAAAUAGAGAGAGGAAAAUUUAGAAUAUUUUAUAUGAUACUCUUUAAUAAAUAAUGGUCAAUAUGAUUGAUGUAUAACAAAAAAACUAGUAAAACACAACAGAAGAGUCUAUAAUAAAAAAUUCCAUUUCUUUAGAUUAAUUUAUGUAAUUCUCUUCAGAAUAGAUUUUGGGAUUGUUGGCACUUUAACCAAGAUUGAUGCAGGAGUUGUUGGAGAAAUUCGAAUUUAAAUAUAGACAAUUGGGAAUUCUGUCUUAGAAGAUGAAAAAUUUAACAUAAAAUUUUUGA